AUGGCGGAAGGGCAGUCACGAGGUCAGCUGCUUGCACGACGGAACACAUUGCUUGCUGCUCUGGGUCGGGUAGAGGCGUUUGUUGCCGGUUACGACGCUCAACGGGACCAUACGCAGGUGACAUUGAGGCUCGAGUACCUGAAUGGAGUAUGGAACAACCUGGAGACAGUACAGGCGCAGCUUGAGGACAACGAGACGACCGAUGAAGGUAGGGCAGAGCACGCUGCCACUCGUGCAUCCUUUGAACCUCGGCUAUUUGAAAUAAAAGCCAGUCUCAUUUCAAAAUUGCCUCCUAUUCCUAACAAUCGGAGCCCUGUUCCCCCACACGUGUCCUCUACUCUCUCUGGUAUCAAGUUACCGACGAUUUCUUUGCCCGAAUUUAAUGGAGAUUACAUGCAAUGGCUUGCAUUCCAUGAUACAUUCUUGGCGCUCAUUCAUUUAAAUCCGGAGGUGCCGGAUAUUCAAAAAUUUCACUAUUUGCGGGCAGCUGUCAAGGGGGAAGCUGCUCAGUUGAUCGAGUCGAUUGGUAUCAGUUCCGCUAACUACGUUUUGGCUUGGCAAACAUUGGAGAAUCGGUAUUCGAAUGACUACUUGCUAAAGAAGCGGCAUAUGCAGGCACUCUUCGACAUCCCGCGCAUGAAGAAGGAGUCUGCUGCAUCACUACAUGGGUUGGUUGACGAAUUCGAGCGGCAUACGAAAAUCUUGCAUCAACUGGGAGAACCAACCGACGCUUGGAGCACUAUAUUGGAACAUCUGCUGUGUACGCGCCUGCACGAUGAUUCACUGAAGGCAUGGGAGGACCAUGCGUCGACGGUAGCGAAUCCGGACUACGCCUGUCUCAUCGAGUUUCUGCAGCGGAGAACACGAGUGCUAGAAUCCAUCUCUGUGAACCAUCAUACAGUAGAAUCAGCGUCAACUUCUGGUAUUUCAGCUCAUCCACCAAAGAAGAAUCAUCUCCACUCUCAGUUCCGCUUUACUUCGUGUUCAUCGACUGCAAGUUUGGGUGAAAAGUGCAUCGCCUGCAACCAGUCGCAUUCCGUGACGAAGUGUCAGAAAUUCAACCGGAUUUCACCGAGUGAACGUCAGCAGCUUGUGAAUUCCAAACGCCUUUGUCACAACUGCUUGAAGGGUGAUCAUUUUGUCCGCAAUUGUCCUUCAAAUUUCAGCUGUCGGAAGUGCAAUCGACGUCACCAUACGCUUCUUCAUUCCGGGCAGAGCGAUGGUUCCCGAAAGAACGUUAGCGAAGGAGCUUCCUCUAGUCCUGGUGCAACCGCUUCUACUACGCCAUCUAAUGGGUCUUCUGUGGUCGAGUCAUCUACGCAAUCUACGGUGGCUGCUACUGAGGAUGUUCCUGUGGUCGAAGUUAGUUCUGCUCUACAACAUCCUCGCGAAGACGUCUUUCUUCUCACUGUCAUUGUGAAGGUCAUCGACACCUACGGUGUGGAACAUCUAGCUCGUGCACUUUUGGACAGUGCAUCUCAGCCGAAUCUCAUCACGGAUCGCAUGGCGCAAAUUCUACGAUUGCGGCGACAACCCGUGAAUGUUACGGUACAGGGAGCCGGCAAGCUAUCUAAACCGGUACGUGAAUCGGUGUUCGUACAGGUACAUUCAAGGACGGGUGACUUUUCGUGUGGCGUCAGCUUUUUGGUGAUGGACAAAGUGACGGCAAAUCUCCCUUCGCAAAGCGUUUCAACUGUGGGAUGGAAGAUUCCGAAGGGGUUGCUUCUGGCUGAUCCAUCCUUCAACGAAAGUCAACCGAUCGACAUGGUUUUGGGUGCUCGGCACUUCUACUCCUUCUUCCCCAGCGCUGCACGCAUUCAGCUUGACAGAAAUCUUCCGAUUCUGGUCGACAGCGUCUUCGGCUGGAUUAUCGUUGGCUCGGCUAGCACAAACCCCCCCGAGCAGACUGCUCCUACGCACACCACUUGUGAUGCAGUCACUGUUUCAAUGUUUUCGCUAGAGGAUUGCUUGGAGCGUUUUUGGAAAACCGAAGAGCUGACAACGAACGAUAAUUAUUCGAUAGAAGAACGGCGCUGCGAAUCUCUGUACCAAUCUACCGUUUCUAGAGACUCCGAAGGCAGAUAUGUUGUACGAUACCCCCGAAAACCUGAUUUUGAUGUGAUGCUAGGCGAAUCCAGAAGCAGUGCACAGCGACGGUUCGGAUAUCUGGAAAGACGACUGGAACGAGACUCGAAAUUGAAGGACGAAUAUCAUCAGUUCAUGCGAGAGUAUCUCUCCCUCGGCCACAUGCGGCUGGUCGAAGCGGACGACGAACGCAACUCUCCCACCUACUAUCUACCUCACCACCCCGUAAUUAAGGAAGCAAGUACGACGACCAAGGUCCGGGUCGUGUUUGAUGGCUCUGCGAAAACUUCUUCCGGCUUCUCCCUCAAUGAAGCUCUUUGCGUUGGUCCCGUGGUGCAGGACGAUCUGCUGAACAUUAUCUUGCGGUUUCGAACCUUUCCCGUUGCUCUCGUCGGAGAUAUUGCCAAAAUGUACAGGCAGGUACAGGUCCACUUUGACGACACACCGUUACAACGCAUUCUGUGGCGAUUCUCCCAACAUUCUCCAGUACAGACGUACGAACUACUGACCGUUACUUACGGCUUAGGUCCAUCAUCGUUCUUAGCGACACGAACUCUCCAGCAACUAGCGGUGGAUGAAGGUGAUGCGUACCCGGUAGGCGGUCCAGCAUUGAAAAAGAGUUUUUACGUCGACGAUUUCAUCUGUGGAGCUGAAACAAUUGAAGAAGCUAUCCGUAUGCGAGUAGAGCUGAGCGAACUUCUGCAGAAAGGAGGAUUCGAGCUCAGAAAAUGGACGUCGAACUGUCUCGAAGUCCUCCAAGGUCUCUCUGAUGAUCAGAUCGGCACGCAAUCCGCGUUGCACUUUAAUCCCCACGAAACCAUCAAAGCACUUGGAAUCAGCUGGGAGCCUGAAGCAGAUUACCUCCGUUUUCAUUCGCAGAUUCGAUCUAGCAGUGAACCUCCAACGAAGCGGUCUAUCCUCUCCGACAUCGCCAAGUUAUUUGACCCUCUUGGACUCAUUGCCCCCGUCGUCGUUCGUGCGAAAAUCCUGAUGCAGGAAUUGUGGUUGUUGUCCUGCGGUUGGGAUGAUCCUGUUCCAGAACCGAUCAAAUCGAGUUGGGAAAUCUACCACCAAGAGCUGGUGAAAAUAUCUGAGCACCAUGUCAACAGAUAUGCAUUUCUUCCGAGUUCCGUUAUACAGCUGCACACCUUCGCGGAUGCUUCUCAGGCAGCAUAUGGAGCUUGUACGUACGCCCGAUGUGAAGACGACCAAGGAAAGGUGAGGAUUCAACUGCUAGCGUCGAAAUCCCGAGUAGCCCCCAGCCCCUCCCGAAACAAAAUCCUAGCUACGGGCCUGGUAGCCCCGCUGAAACGAAUCACAAUCGCCCGUUUGGAAUUAUGCGCAGCCGUGCUAGCCGCUCAUCUACACGCGCGAAUCAAAAAGGCCAUCGACGUCAACGUUUCUGCAUCGUACUUUUGGUCAGAUUCCGCCGUCACUCUACAGUGGUUACGAUCACCUCCGAACGUCUGGCCGACCUUCGUCGCAAACAGAGUCUCGGAAAUACAGCAGUACACGAACGGAUGUCAGUGGAAACACGUUCCCGGAGCUGAAAACCCUGCCGACCUGGUCUCGCGCGGCAUGUCAGUCGACGAAUUUCUACAAAGCGACUUGUGGAGCUGUGCCCCAGGCUGGUUGUCACUGUCACCACAAGAUUGGCCAAUCUUCAUUCCCCCAGGCGUGCCAGCAGAAGAGCUGGAGUUAAAAACUACGGUUGCACUCACCCAAGCAGUUCCUACCGUUCAUCCCUGGUUUCUCCGUUGGUCUUCCUACAGCCGAUUACUCCACGUCAUCGGAUAUUGUAUGCGAUUUGUCACCAACACCCGUUCAAAAGCACGAACCCAACCUUCGCCAUCCUCCAUUCCGGUCGACCAAUCACUUACCGUAGCAGAACUAGCCAAUGCCAAAACGUUUCUCGUCCGACUCGCUAAGCAGGAUGGAUACGCCGCAGAAAUAAAGCAACUGGAGAAGGAAAGCGCCGUGCCGAAGCAGUCCCACAUUCGCCGAAUGAGCCCAUUUUUCGACCCAGAGAGAGUGUUGAGAGUGGGAGGUCGUUUAAAUCUUGCCCAGUUACCCUAUCAAGCAAAGCACCCUGCGCUUAUUCCCACCAACCAUCCGUUCACUCGACUAAUCGCUGAACAUUUUCAUCGCAAACUGCUGCUGCUCACUACGAUUCGCGAGGAAUUCUGGCCACCCCGCGGCCGUAGACUGGUUCAAAGCGUAGUACGAAAUUGCUUCCGUUGUACUCGUCUUAAUCCAAUACUGGCCCAACAACAAAUCGGUCAGUUACCUGCCCAGCGUGUGAUCCCAAGUCGUCCAUUCAGCAUCACCGGUGUCGACUAUGCUGGCCCACUAUACCUUCGCCCGAUACACAAACGUGCCGCACCUGCAAAGACUUACCUGUGCCUCUUUGUAUGCUUUUCAACCAAAGCAGUGCAUUUGGAAUUAGUCAGUGAUUUGUCCACUCAAGCAUUCUUGUGUGCCCUGCGACGAUUUAGUGCUCGUCGUGGACGGCCCACACACAUCCACUCAGACAACGGGAAAAAUUUCGAGGGGGCAAAAAAUGAGCUGGCUGAACUGUUUGCCAGAUUUCAUAAUCGUGCUGAACAGGCUGAAAUAGCUUCUGUGUGUGCCGAGGAAGGGAUCACCUGGCAUUUGACACCACCCAAGGCACCUCACUUUGGCGGCCUGUGGGAGGCAGCAAUCAAAAUAGCCAAAAAACAUUUGUACCGACAGCUCGGUUCAUCUCGCCUUACGUUCGAGGCUAUGUGUACCGUACUAACACAAAUCGAAGCGAUCAUGAAUAGCCGACCAUUGCUUCCACUUUCGGAGGACCCCAACGACCUAGCUGCAUUGACACCAGCGCACUUUCUCGUCGGUUCAUCACUACAUGCCUUGCACGACCCAGAUUUAAUGAACGUACCUGCCAACAGACUCGACCACUAUCAACAGCUGCAAGUGCAUGUGCAGCAAUUUUGGUCGCACUGGAAGAAGGAGUACCUACAAGAGCUGCUGAAAGAUACCCGCGGAUGGAAACGCAACAACGAAAUUGUUCCGGGGAAAAUGGUCAUCUUAGUCGACGAAAUGCAACCACCGAUUCGAUGGCCACUUGCCCGCAUAGAAGCAGUUUUGCCCGGCAAAGAUCAUCUCGCACGAAUUGUUUUGCUCCGUACAGCCCGUGGCAUCAUCACUCGUCCGAUCGCUAAAAUUUGUCUACUACCUUACUCUACGGUGGCAUCCGAAGCAGAAAAACAUCCAGCAACUAUCAGCGACGCACCUACAACCUAA